UUCGGUGCGCGUCUGUUCCAAAAACUACGCAAUGGAGGCGCAAGAACACAUCGAAGAUGCCAUCGUCAUUUCGGGAAUGUCGGGGAAAGUUUCCAAUUCCGAUAAUCUUGCGGAAGCCCGACACCAAAUGUACAACAAAAUUGACAUGAUCAGCAAUUGCAAACGUUUCCAACGAGUUCCCGAUGCUCCUGAACGUUACGGAGCUAUUCCUACCAUUGAUAAAUUUGAUAAUGGCUUCUUUUCUACACAUGAAAACGAAGCGGAUAUUAUGGAUCCCAUCAGUCGAAUGAGCCUUGAGGUAGGGUGUGAAGCACUCUGGGAUGCUGGUAUAUCUCUGGAAGAAAUAAAAUCUUCGAAAACAAGCGUCUAUAUGGGAAACUGUUUUGAUGAAACCGAAACAUUCUGUAUGAGUCAUAAUUUCCCCGACAGAAAUCAACUUGUUGCAAUGACCAAACUAGGUCUGGCGGAUAAAUUAUGUCAUUUCCUCGAAAUUGAUGGUCAAAAACGUUUAGUAGAUUCCGCAUGCAGUAGUUCAAUGUAUUGCUUACAACACGCUGUAGAUGAUCUCAAAAAUGGGAAAGCAGACUGUGCCAUUGUUUAUGGGCAUAGUUUGAUUCUAGCUCCUGGUACCACUACCCAAUUCAAUAGAUUGGGAGUUCUUUCUCGAGAUGGUAGUUCAAAAAGUUUUGAUCGUAAUGCCAACGGUUAUGUGCGUGCUGACAGUGUCACUGCUUUGGUACUACAGCGUGCUGGUGAUGCUAGACGUCAAUAUGCAGAAGUGGUUCAUGUCUUGACCAAUUGUGAUGGUUACAAAGAACAUGGAAUUACUUUCCCGUCGACUGAUGUGCAAAUGAUGCUCUUUGAGGAGUUCUAUUCACAAAUUAAAAUGCCUCUCAAUAAUCUAGGGUAUAUGGAGGCCCAUGGUACCGGAACCAAAGUAGGUGAUCCGGUAGAACUGACUGCUAUUGAAAACUUCUUCUGUAAAGACCGCAAAGAUCCCUUGUUAAUCGGAGCAGUAAAAUCUAACCUAGGACAUUCUGAAGGUGCGUCCGGGCUGAGUUCCAUCAUCAAAUGUUGUUGGAUUCUUGACAGUAAUAAGAUCCCACCUAAUAUUAACUUUCAAAAUCCAAACCCGGCGAAUUCUGGUUUGUUCAAUGGUAAACUACAAGUGGUUACUGAUGUUAUGGACCUACCUGCAGAUAAGCCCUACACAGCAGCUAGUAAUUUUGGGUUUGGUGGAGCUAAUGCACAUGUGUUGCUCACGAAACCUCGAUUUAAACGUGCACAUACUUCUGUAGGUGAUGAAACACUAACUAGACUGGUGUGUUUAAGUGGUAGGACAGAUGAAUCCAUUAUGACACUUUAUGAUGAGCUAAAAUCACACCCGUUCGAUCCGGAUUUCAUUGCUUUGAUAAAUUCAGCAUUUGGACGUAAAACCGCCAUGUUGGAUUGUAGAGGGUACUGCCUAGCAGAUACAGAAGGUGUGUCACCAAUGGAAAUACUGGAAUACCGUGAUAACACUUUACCACUGAAGUGUUUCUUCCACACAAGUGGUGUAUCUGGACUUGGACAAUCACUAAUGAAAUUUAAACGCUUCCAAGAACACCUUGUGCAGGUCAAUCAAAUAUUCUCAAAGAACAAAAUUCAAAAUGAUUUGGUAUUGAAUAACAAAACUUCCGAAGAGGGAAAGAUUGAAAGUGUGAUUGUUACCAUCGUAGUACAAACUGGUAUUGUUGAAUUAUUAAAAACAAUCGGAAUAGAAGUAUCCACGUAUUUCGGUAGUGGUAUUGGAGAAUUAUCAGCUGCAUACGCUGAUGGUGUGCUGUCUUUAGAACAAACCAUUUUGAUUGCACAUCGUAUAGUAAAACUCCUUCGAAAAAAACACCCAGAAAUCAAUACUAAUAUGAUCAGUGCUGAAAUUCAGGAUAUUAGCAACAUGUCCCAACCACCACGUAAAUGGCAACUUCAAGAGAAAGCUACAGUACAUGAAAAUCUAUCCCAAUACUUUUCGGAAGUCAUGUUUACAUCACACACACCAGAAAUUAAAAAAGAAAAUAUUUUAAUCAUUGGAGGUAAUGCUGCUUGCUCCAAAAAUAUCAUCAGCCUCUGUGAUGUCUCACCAGAUAGAGGAUUCCUACCUGCAGUUGGACGAUUGCAUCUACAAGCAUACAGUAUGGAUGUUAACAAAUUAUACUCAAUUCAAUGGCCAGUCAAAGCCCAAACACCAAUGAUAAGUCCCUUGGUGAAAUGGUUCCAUAAAAAAUCAUGGCAGUAUGUGGUUGAGUAUGAUACUUUAGAAGUAAAAUGUAACGUUGUUAACCAAUGGUCCAGUACUGAUUGGUUAAGUCUCCAAGGACACAACAUUGAUGGUAGAGUAUUGUUCCCUGCUACUGGUUAUCUACGUUUAGCAUGGAAGUGUUUCUGUAACAGCAGAGUGUUACCAAUUAAAUUCGAAAAUGUGUCAUUCCUUAGAGCUUGUACAGUCACACCAGGUCAAAAUUUAUUGUUGACUGUGGAGGUAAUGACAGCAAGUGGAGAAUUUCAAGUUACAGAAAAUGAUAGUAUUGUAGUUACUGGACGUAUACAAGAGAUCAAGAACUUUGAUGCUGAAUGGUUACACCUACCACCAUUACCGGUACCAAAUCAAGAGAAUAUUAUGAACAAACGAGAUAUUUAUAAAGAACUUGGUUUGAGAGGAUAUUACUAUCAGGGUCAAUUCAAAGAAAUGCAAAGCUGUGAUGUGAGCGCUACUGUUGCACAAAUCAAGUGGUCUGAAUGGUGUCCCUUCCUGGAUAAUAUUCUACAAAUGAAGAUUCUUGGAGAAGAUACUAGAAGUUUAUAUGUUCCAACAAAAAUUCGUCAGAUGAUUGUACACCAAGAAAAACACUUGGAUAUUAUCUACAUGUCGGACGAUAUUGAGAAUUGUGUAUUACCAGCAUACCAUUAUAAAGAAUUGGAUAUUCUACGUUGUGGGUAUGUAGAAGUUCGGGGUCUUCAAGCAGCUAGUAUCGCAAAACGUAAAAAUCCUAACCCAGUUUUGGAAGCUAAUAAGUUCGUACCUUAUGUUGCCUACCUUGAAUUGGAAAGUGCAGCCAGAGUUAUGGUCCAAGUUGCUCUCGAAAACAGCUACGGAACAAAAAUCAAAGCAAUGGAAGAAUUCAACGCUAUUCCUGAUUCAAUGGAACCUAUGCUUCCGUAUAUUCAGAAAGCCCUCAAUGAUCAACCCUUAAUCCAACCGGAACUUGUAAUAUACUCCACUAAAGAUCAAGAAUUAUCACAUAUACCAACGGUUAAUAAGAUGCCAGCGUCAGAAAGCAAUAAUUUCAUUGCAAUUGGUUACAACCUAUCCCAAAAUACAAAUCUGCGUAAAACUUUGUUAUCUUCACUUAAAGAAACUGGAUAUUUAAUAUCUCGGGAAGAUCUUAAAACGCAAAGUUUCAUCAAUGGUCUUACUAUUAUCUGUGAAUAUACUACACCUACAGAAAGGGUUAUUAUGAUGAGACCUACCACUCAAGUAGCUAUACCUAAACCAAUUCAUGUGGCUGCUGAUGGUUUUAAUUGGGUACAACCCUUGAAAGAAGCACGUAUAAACAAAGAGAAUAUAUUGAUAUAUUCAGAAAAUGAACCUAAUAAUGGUCUCAUGGGUCUGACAAAUUGUUUAUUAAGAGAAUCAGGUGGGGAAAGAGUAAUGAACGUUUUGAUUGAUGAUGCUAGAGCUCCAAAGUUUAAUGUAAACACAGAUUUCUACAAAAGACAACUCCAGAAAAACCUAGCAAUCAAUGUUUUGAAGAAUGGAGUCUGGGGAUCUUACAGACAUCUGUUAAUUAAUGAAAAUAUUACCGUUCCGACUCGGCAUACUUAUGCGAAUAACACCAUCAGAGGAGAUUUGAGUUCUUUGACUUGGAUUCAAGGUAAACUCUCUAUUCCAGAAAGGUUUAAUGAUAAACGGGAUGGCGACAUCAUACACAUUUAUACUUGUGCUGUAAACUUCAAAGACGUUAUGUUUGCUAGUGGGAAGUUAAUCGUGGAUAGUGUUAUCACAGAAAGAAUGGCUCAGGAUAGUAGUAUAGGUUUUGAGAGUGCAGGUCGUUCAGAAGAUGGAAGACGAGUUAUGGCUUUGAGUUCCUCUGGAAUGUUUGCUAAUGUUGCUCGGGUAGGUAAACAUUAUAUGUGGGAGAUACCUGAUCAUUGGACAAUAGCUGAAGCGGCAACCGUACCAUGUGUUUAUCUUACAAAUAUUUAUGGUCUUAUAACACGUGCUCAAAUUCGUGAAGGUGAUAGUAUUCUGAUCCAUUCAGCAACUGGUGGUAUAGGUCUAUCUGCAAUCAACAUAGCUAUGUAUUACAAGUGCAACAUCUUCCUUACUGUUGGUACCGCUGAGAAAAAGGAAUAUAUUAUCAAAAACUAUCCGUCUAUACCAGCAGAACACAUUGGGAACUCCAGAGAUACUUCUUUCUAUGAAAUGAUUCUGAGACAAACUCAUGGUAAAGGAGUAUCAAUAAUUCUGAAUUCGUUAGCAGAUGAAAAACUCCAGGCAUCUGUUAAGUGUUUAUCUGAGGGUGGGAGAUUUGUUGAGAUUGGUAAAUUUGAUUGUUCGCAAGAUAGUCCUCUACGUCUGGAUUUAGCAGAAAAAGAAGCUGAAUAUCAUGGUGUUAUGUUAGACUUUUUGAUGAGUAACUCAGGGAAUAUUAUGACUUCCCUAGGAAGUAUAUUAACUGAUGGUAUUGCCAAAGGUUUCGUAAAACCAAUUCCACAUGUGGCUUUCAGUAAGAAUCAACUGGAGGCAGCGUUUAGAUACAUGAUAACAGGGAAACACAUAGGAAAAGCUGUGGUUACCAUUCGGGAAGAAGAAGCAGAGAAGAGAGUUAUUCCAAAGUUACUGAAAUGUGAUGCUCGGCCUAAAUUAUAUUGUAAUCCACUAGGGACCUAUAUCCUUUUAGGAGGCUUGGGCGGAUUUGGUUUAGAAUUAGCUGAUCUUCUGGUUCUGAGAGGAGCUAAAAACCUUGUAUUGGUUUCACGACGUGGUAUUACUUCAGGUUACCAACAACUACGCAUUAAACUUUGGAAAUCCUAUGGUUGUGAAGUGAAAAUCUCAACUGAAGAUAGCACCACACGAGAAGGUUGUUUGGCAUUGUUAGAAGAAGCACAGACAAUGGGUGAUGUCGUAGGUAUUUUCAAUCUUGCUGUAGUCCUCAGAGAUGCCGUGUUUGAGAAUCAAACAGAAGAAACAUUCUUAGAAUCUUACAACCCUAAAGCCCAGAGUACAAUUUACUUGGAUGAGUUAUCACGUGCUUUGUGUCCGAGAUUAGAACACUUUGUUGUGUUUUCUUCAGUAUCCUGCGGUAGAGGUAACGCGGGUCAAACCAACUACGGAUAUUCUAACUCUGUGAUGGAGAGGGUUUGCGAAAAGCGUAAAAAUGCUGGAUUACCAGGAAAAGCCAUUCAAUGGGGUGUUAUUGGUGAUGUUGGUAUUGUAGCUGACUACAAAGAACAAAACGUAGAAAUUGUCAUUGGUGGUACCAUGCAUCAAAGAAUAGCAAAUUGUUUAGAAGUUUUAGAUGUUCUACUCUCAUCUGAAGAUGCUAUUGUAAGCAGUAUGGUUGUAGCAGAAAAAAUAAGAGGUGGAGAUGAUGAUGAUGUUAUUAGUGUAGUCGCUAAACUCCUACAAAUUAACGACAUCAAAACAGUUAGUCCAAAUUCAUCAUUCCCUGAAUUGGGUAUGGAUUCCAUGAUGGCGGUGGAAAUUAAACAAACUCUUGAAAGAGACUUUGAUGUAUUUUUAUCUCCACAAGAGUUAAGGAAUAUGAACCUUGCCAGAUUAGCAGAGUUAACAAGCGGAGGAGAAGAAGCUCCCAAAGAAGGUGAAACCUCAAGUCCAAGUGUGAUGGUUCAGCAUUUAUUAAGAUUCGUACCAGAAGAAAACAAAUGUAACAUUCCUCUAGUAAACAUGAAGAAUACAAACUCACCAGUAUGUUUGUUCCUGAUGCCUGGCAUUGAAGGUAUGGCAACUGUUUUUGAGCCUCUUGCGGAGAACCUGAAGAUUAGUGUGAAAUGUUUACAAUUUCCUUGUGAUAAUGCGAAAGAUACUAUGGAAGGAUUAGUACAACAAAAAUACGAGAUUCUGAAAAAAGAGUUAGACCCACGUAAACCAUUUUUAAUCGGUGCUCAUUCAAUGGGUGUGACUGUCGCUCUUGAAACAGUCACUCUUUUAGAACGUGAUGGGUAUACCGGUACCCUGCUGAUACUAGAUGGAUCACCAUCAGCAAAUAAAUCAGUUCUUUCCACUCUGAUAGGAUCAGGAUCUGAUGAGACUGUCCAGACUGCUCUAAUUCUCAACAUAAUGUCUUCACUCCUACCACUCAGUGCGUUAGAAAACUUAAAAAAUUCUCUGGUUAAUGCGGGUACCUUCAAAGAAAAAUGCCAACUUGCGAUUGAUGCCUCACCAGACAAAACAAACCACAGUAAUGAAUUUCUACAUAAUUUGUUGACCAAUAUGUACUACCGAGUGAAAUCAGAACUGGCGCACCAGUUCACACCUAGAAGUUAUAAAUCUAAAAUUAUUUUAUGCAAGGCUGCGAUUAGUGUCUUGUCUGGACUGCCUGAAGAUUUCGGAUUACGAGAGAUUGUUGGUAAGAACUUGGAGAUUAAAAUCUUCCAAGGGGAUCAUAUUAGUUUUCUAAGCGACAAGAAUUUUACUCAGUGUGUGGAAGAUAUUGCAAAUAAUAAUUAAUUACUUUUUAUGCAUUAGAUUAUGGAAGUUUUCAACAUUUGAUGUAAAUUAUUUCAUUGCGGGCAUUAUUUUUCUCAUUAAAAUAGUGUUCUCUGCAGUUUUGUGGUAUUUUUAGAGAAAUAGUCAAACUGUAAACUAAGUUAUAAUAACUAUUUUUAUUUUCUUAAAAAUAGACAAAUAUCAGAUGCCCUAGUGAUAAUAAUAAGCCGUUAAUGAGGUGGAAUAUAUUCAGUUGCAAUCCGGUGUAUAUGAAAAUGUAAUUAUGUAUAAAUUAAAUAAAUAAUUCAAUUUCAGUCUAAA